AUUAUCAUCCCCCUGCCUGAGCCUGAACUCCCCUGUUUACGUCCCUGAUCUAACAUCCCAUUUUCCCACAGCCAUGAUCCCAAAUCCGGCACUUUGAAAACCCUCAUCCCACUUUUCUCACAAGAUUGUGAGGUUUCACCCCAGGAUUGGAUGGGGACGACAAAGAGGAACAUCAUUCAAUGAGUUGGAUUUAAUAUCAACUGGGUGAAACCGGCAAAAUAAGAUUACCCAAGCAAAAUCAAAGGACAUUCAGCCGAAGAACCACCAUAACUACACCAUGGCGCAGGCAUCUAAAGGUCCAGUAAAGUCCUCCCCUCCAACUGCUGAAGAUGCUCCAGCUAGGGCAUUGCAUCCAGCCGCUUUAACGGCCCGGAGCCAUGGAGUUUUACGAAUCAUGAAUCACCCGGCACAAUGGGUUGUCAUCCUCACACUUCUGACCUCUUGGACAAUAGCAGGUGUUGUCAUGUUCGACUUUGUCAGUGACGAUCAGAUUGCAAGCAUCCAGGAUUUUGGUUCUGACCCAGUGCUAGCAGUGAACAAGGCCAUUGAAGGCAUUGGAAACAAGAUAGACCACAUGAAUGAUAUGUUUAAUGAUGCUCAUGAGUACAUCACCGAAAUAGUAUUCAAUCCGAAGAAAGCUAUUAAUUUAGCGGCUGAUUCAACUGUUUCUUAUCUGACAGGAAUAUUUACUGCCGACGGAGAUACAGUAAUCACCGAAACAGUGAAAUAUAGUGGCACUGUAUUGGAUGAGGUUACAGAAUGGAUCAGAUCGCCAGUGGGCUACUUAUUUCACUUAUUUGAAGACAUCCUGGAUAUAUUGCUUGCUCCAGUGAAUAUGGUCAGUCGAGCUGUUGUGCAAAUUUUAAGUUGGAUCAAGACCAUUACACAGUAUCUUUCAACCAUGUUCGGGGGCACUGAAGGGGAUACCGGCAUCACUGAAACAGUGAAAUUUGGUGGCACUGUUUUGGAUGAGGUUACAGAAUGGAUCAGAUCCCCAGUGGGUUACUUAUUCCACUUUUUUGAAGACGUCCUGGGUGUGGUGAUCAUCUAUCCAACAGACAUGGCGACUGAAGCAGUUCUGCAAGUUUUAAGUUGGAACAGGACCAUUUUUUCAACCAUAUUCAGAAAUCUUGAAGUGCACCUUGUCAAUAUUUCAGCUUGGUUUCCCAAACUGAGCACUGAUCCGACGGAACUGGCUGGAAUUGUUGUAAAGGAGGCCACAGACCUAAAGAUUACUGUCUCUAAUUACCUCUCCAGUUUCUUUGCAGGGGACGAAGGUGGUAUUUCUGACAUUAGCUUUGAUCCCAUGAAAGUUGUCACAGACACUGUUGAGGAGUUUACAGACAGGAGGGAUGUAUUGCUGGCCUACCUCUCAAACAUGCUCAUGGAAGAUAAAGAUGAAGCACCACAAGUAAUAAGACGAAAAGGAGAAUUUCUGCCACCUAUGGAAAAAGUUGCAGAAAUACUAGGCAAAAAACAGGACCCUGCCUAUGCUGCCUACAUUGCUAUGAGAUCCGCGGUGAAGGAGACGGACAGCACUAAACAGGAAAUAAAAGAAGUUGAGGAGGAACAUGGUGAGGUGGAAGCUGCUGAAGAUAAAACUGAAAAAGCUCAAGCUAUCUUGGAUGUAACCGAGGAGGAAGAAACGGCUGAGGACCACACUGAUAUCACAGUAGAACGCGCUGAAAUGUCCUCCGAUGUCACGGAGGAGGGAAAAACUACUGGAGCAGUUGAAGAUAUUGCAGAUGUUACAGACGAGAAACCUCCUUAUAUGCCAGAUGUCAUAGAUGUGGAAACACAAUCGGAAAAAAUUGAAGAUAUUUCUGAUUUUGCUGCGGGUGAAUCAAACGAAAUUACCUCUGAUGCUUUAGAUGUAAAGGACCGUGACAUUAACUCAGAUGUUGUUACAGUGGAGGAAGAAUUUACUGGAACGGUUGAAGAGAUUGGAGAUGUUACAGACGAGAAACCUUCUGAUAUGCCAGAUGUCAUAGAUGAGGAAACAGCAACUGAAAAGAUUGAAGAUAUCUCUGAUUUUGCAGAGGAUGAAUCAACUGAAAUUAGCUCUGAUGCUACAGAUGUGAAAGACCUUGAUGAUACCACAGAUGUGAAAGACCUUGGCGAUACCUCAGAUGUUGCAGAUCUGAAAGACCUUGAUGAUACCUCAGAUGUUGUUACAGUGGAUGAAGAAUUUAGUGAAACUGUUGAAGAGAUUGGAGAUGUUACAGACAUGGAACCUUCUUAUAUCCCAGAUGUCAUAGAUGAGGAAACAGCCCCUGAAAAUAUUAAAGAUAUCUCUGAUUUUGCAGAGGAUGAAUCAACUGAAAUAACCUCUGAUGCUACAAAUGUGACUAAAGACAUUGAUGAUUCCUCAGAUAAUGCAGUUACAGAGGAGAAAGAAACCACUGAAGAACCAGCAAUGGUUAAAGAUGCUUCUGAUUUCAUAGAUGAGGAAGAAGAACCCGAAACAGUUGAAGAAGUCAUCAUUAUCACAGAUGAAAAAGAGGUACAAGAAGAUCAGCCACCUGAAUUGACUGAAGCUACUCCAGAGACCAUAAGUUUGAAGGAAAAGGAGGAAACGGCAGAACUUGAUGAUCAUGACAAAGUCAAAAAGAAGGUUGGUUUAGAAGUGGAAGCCAAGGAGGAUGAUGCUGAAAAGAGUACAAAGGACCUAGAGAAUGAGGUAGAUAAAGAUGAGGUUGAGGUUUUAAAGGGUGAGGUUGAAGAGUUUGAUCAAACUAUCAUUGCUGGUCAAGAUGACCAUGUUGACGAAGAGGAGCUUGUCCUUCUUACUGUCCAACACGGUGUCACUGACAGAGAUGAUGAAAAUAACAAUAACAACGACAGGAAGAGAGAUGUCAGAAAAAGAGGCCUGAGCAGGAGAAGAAAAUCUGAAAGUCAUUCCAUUGCAACAGACGACCAAGAAGCACACAAGGAUCUUCAUGAAGAGUCUGACAAAGUUCUUGAACAAGUAAAAGAAGCCAAAGAGAAAAAAGCUAGAGAGGAGAUAUACAAAAUCAUUCAAGAUUUGAGGGAAAAAAAGGGUGAAAGUGAAGAGAAAGAGAUAACACUACAACAAAUAAACAUAACAGUAGAAAAAGUCAGGAAAAAAGAAAAAGAACUUGAGAAAAAGGAGAUAGACAAGGUUAAAAGAAAACAAAAAUCCAAAGUGGACAAGACUCAAGAACCAACAAAAAAGGACAUCAAGAAAAAAAUUGUCAAAAAGGUCAAGGUGACUAAAGUGGAUGAGGAACCCCCUCUAAAAAAGAAAAAAUCAGAGGUUGAAGUUGGGAAGGAGAAACCUAAACCACACCCUGAAAAGAAAGAUAUCAAGGAAAAGGCAAAAGCAGCUCCUAAAGAAAAGGUUGCUGAGGCUGUCAAGGAAAAGGCUAAGCCAGUAAUGAAAGAACCUAAGGUUACUAAAGAAACUGUCAAGACCGCACCUUCAAAGAAAGAGGUUGAAGCUGUUGAAGAGAAGGUAAAACCAACACCUGCUAAAAAAGCGGAUAAAGUCAACAAGGAGAAAGCUAAACCAGCCCCUGAGAAAAAAGAGUCUAAAAUCAUGAAGGAGAAAGAUAAACCAGUUCCUGCAAAGAAAGAGGCUGAAGUCAUCAAAGAGGUUAAACCAGCCCCUGAGAAGAAAGAUGCUGAAGUCAUUAAGGAGAAAACAACUCCUGUAAAGAAAGAGAUUGAAGUUACUAAAGAAAAGGCACCAAAACCCAAAAGAGAGAAACCAGCACCUCCAAAGAAAGCACCUGAAAUAAGCAAAGAAAAACCAAAGCCAGCACCAAAGAAAGAGGCUGAAGUCAUCAAGGAGAAAGCUAAACCAGCCACUGAGAAGAAAGAUGCUGAAAUAAUUAAGAAGAAAACUAAACCAGCCCCUGAGAAGAAAGAGGCUGAAGUCAUCAAGGAGAAGGUUAAAGCAGCUCCUGUAAAAAAAGAGUCUGAAGCUGCUAAAGAAAAGGCACCAGAACCAAAACCAGAACCCACUAAGAAAGUUGAGGUUCUAAAGAAAAAGGAAAAAACUGUUCCUGAAAAGAAAGCAGCACCACAAAUAACCAAAGAAAAACUUAAGCCUGUACCAAAGAGGGAGGCUGAACUUUUUAAAGAGAAAGCUAAACCAGCCCCUGUAAAGAAAGAGGCUGAAGUCAUAAAGGAAAAGGUUAAACCAACCUCUGAGAAAAAAGAGGUUGAAGUCAAGGAGAAAGCAAAACCAGCUCCUGCAAAGAAAGAAGCUGAAGUCAGUAAAGAAAAAUCCAAACCAGCUCCUGAGAAGAAAGAGGCUGCAGUCAUCAAGGAGAAAGCAAAACCAGCUCCUGUAAAGAAAGAGGCUGAAGUCGUCAAAGAUAAAGCUAAACUAGCCCCUGAGAAGAAAGAGGCUGAAGUUGUUAAGGAGAAAGCUAAGCCAGCCCCUGAGAAGAAAGAGGCUGCAGUCAUCAAGGAGAAAGUUAAACCAGCUCCUGUGAAGAAAGAGCCUGACGUUGCAAAAGAAAAGGCUCCUGAACCAAAACCCAAAAAAGAGCCCGAAGUUACUAAAGAGAAAGCUAAACCAGUCCCUGAGAAGAAAGAGGCUGAAGUCAUUAAGGAGAAAGUUAAACCAGCUCCUGUGAAGAAAGAACCUGAGAUAAUUAAAGAAAAACCCAAGCCAACACCAAAGAAAGAGGCUGAAGUCAUCAAGGAGAAAGCUAAACCAGCCCCUGAGAAGAAAGAAGCUGAAGUCAAGGAGAAAGUAAAACCAUCCCCUGUGAAAAAAGAGGCUGAAGUUAAAGAGAAAGUUAAACCAGCCUCUGAGAAGAAAGAGGCUGAAGUCAUCAAGGAGAAAGCUAAACCAGCCCCUGAGAAGAAAGAUAUUUUACAAUCUCUAUAUAAUAUCAUUGCCAUAUCAGAAGCUGAAGUCAUCAAGGAGAAAGUAAAACCAUCCCCUGUGAAAAAAGAGGCUGAAGUUAAAGAGAAAGUUAAACCAGCCUCUGAGAAGAAAGAGGCUGAAGUCAUCAAGGAGAAAGUUAAACCAGCUCCUGCAAAGAAAGAGCCUGAAAUUUCGAAAGAAAAGGCACCCGAAACAACAGUCGAGGUUGCAAAAGAAAAGGCGAAACCGGUCCCUGAAAUAAAAGAACCUGAGAUAAUUAAAGAAAAACCCAAGCCAACACCAAAGAAAGAUGCUGAAGUCAUCAAGGAGAAAGCUAAACCAGCCCCUGAGAAGAAAGAGGCAGCAGUCAUCAAGGAGAAAGUUAAACCAGCUCCUAUAAAGAAAGAGCCUGAAGCUGUCAAAGAAAAAGCUAAACCAGCCCCUAAGUUGAAAGAGGUUGAAGUCAUCAAGGAAAAAGCCAAACCAGCACUUAAGAAAAAAGAGGAUGAAGUCAUAAAGGAGAAAGUUAAACCAGCUCCUGUAAAAAAAGAGUCGAAGGUUCCUAAAGAAAUGGCACCUGAACCUGCAAAGAGAGUUCCAAAGGAAAAGACCAAACUAGUCUCCAAAGAAAAAGUACCUGAUCAAACUAAAGACAAAACAAAGCCAGCACCAAAGAAAGAAGCUGAAGUCGUCAAAGAAAAAGUAAAACCAGCCCUUGUGAAAAAAGAGGCUGAAGUUAAAGAGAAAGUUAAACCAGCCUCUGAGAAGAAAGAGGCUGAAGUCAUCAAGGAGAAAGUUAAACCAGCUCCUGCAAAGAAAGAGCCUGAAAUUUCGAAAGAAAAGGCACCCGAAACAACAGAACCUGAGAUAAUUAAAGAAAAACUCAAGCCAACACCAAAGAAAGAUGCUGAAGUCAUCAAGGAGAAAGCUAAACCAGCCCCUGAGAAGAAAGAAGCUGAAGUCAUCAAGGAGAAAGCUAAACCAGCCCCUGUGAAAAAAGAGGCUGAAGUUAAAGAGAAAGUUAAACCAGCCUCUGAGAAGAAAGAAGCUGAAGUCAUCAAAGAAAAAGUAAAACCAUCCCCUGUGAAAAAAGAGGCUGAAGUUAAAGAGAACGUUAAACCAGCCUCUGAGAAGAAAGAGGGUGAAGUCAUCAAGGAGAAAGUUAAACCAGCUCCUGUAAAGAAAGAGUCUGAAGUUUCCAAAGGAAAGGCUCUUGAACCACAACCAAAAAGAGAGGCUGAAGUCAUCAAGGAGAAAUCUAAACCAGCUCCUGUAAAGAAAGAGCCUGAAGUUUCUAAAGAAAAGACUCCUGAACCAAAACCCCAAAGAGAAGCUGGAGUCACCAAAGACAAAGUAAAACCAGCCCCUGAGAAGAAAGAAGCUAAAAUCAUCAUGGAGAGACCUAAGCCGGCUCCUGAGAAGAAAGAGGCUGAAGUCAUCAAAGAUAAAGCUAAACCAGCCCCUGAGAAGAAAGAGGCUGAAAUCAUCAAGGAGAAAGUUAAACCAGCUCCUGUAAAGAAAGAGCCUGAAGUUCGUAAGGAAAAGGCACCUGAACCAGUGCCAGAACCUACAAAGAAAGUCAAGGUUCCCAAGGAAGAGGCAAAGCCAGUCCCUGAAGAAAAGGAACCCGAAAUAACCAAAGAAAAGCCAAAGCCAGCACCAAAGAAAGAAGCUGUAGAAAAAGCUGUCAUUAAAGAAAAAGCUAAACCAGCCCUCCUGAAGGAAGAGGCUGAAGUCAUCAAAGAGAAAGUAAAACCAGCCCCCGAGAAGAAAGAGGCUGAAGUCAUCAAGGAGAAAGCUAAACCAGCCCCUGAGAAGAAAGAGGCUGAAGUCAUCAAGGAGAAAGUUAAGCGAGCUCCUGUAAAGAGAGAGCCUACAGUCGCUAAAGAAAAGGCACCAGCACCAGAACCAAAAAAAGAUGAUGUUGGUCUAAUCGGUCUGGAUUUGGAGCUCCUGAACUCCAUCAACCAAAAACUGUCUCUUCUGGAUUUAAUGAGGAAGGACAUUGGUGAAAUGAAAAGUGAUCUGGAGUCGACUCAAAAUCAAAUUACACUUUUACGGAUGGACAACAGAACGAUGAAAGAGCUGGAGACUGUCAGUGUGAAAGUAAAACCAGAGGUCUCCAAGGAAAAAUCUAAAAAAGAUCGUGAUGCUCUGAUGAACGUUACUAAGGCAGCACAUGUAAAAAAAGAACGUGAUGCAUUGAAAAACGUCACUAAACCACCACCUGCCAAGAAAGGUAUGUCAGAAAACUUCAGCAGAUCACCAGACAAAGAGGCUCCCAAAGCAAAGAUCAGACCAGAGACAGAAAAGAAAGAACCUGAGCAUGUCAAAGAAGAAGUAGUCCAGCCAACUGAGAAGGAAGCUGUCAUAGACAAGGAAGUAAAAGGAGUAGAACCUGAUGUCACCAAAGAUAUUCCAGAGAUAGAGGAGGAGGACAUUCCCUACUUCCAGUGUUUCUUUGUGGAUGAGGAUGAUACUCAAUAUCCGUUCUUCCCCUUUUCACCGCCGCUGUGGUGAGUCCAGCCAAACCUCUGAGUCUGACGUUAAACAACAUGGCGAACACAGUGGAGGACAGACCUCUGAAGACUGAGGAACCUGCUAAUGUAAUGCAGCAUAGAGGUUCACAGUAGGUCCUAAAGCAUUACACCAACAACGACCUAGAAAUGUGAAAGAGAUUUGAGUUACUUCCUGGAUUUCGAACUUCUUGGAAAACUUAUUUCUCCAAUUUUUAAAGUCAAGUCACCUUUAUUUAUACAGCGCUUUUUACAAUACAGAUUGUUUCAAAGCAGCUUUACAGUGAAAAUAAUGCAACAAAGUUUGUUGCUAGAAUAACACAGGUUGCAAACAUUGCAUUAAGUAUAAUCUUAAGGCUAUCGAUCUUUUUAUUGAUACUGUACCAUGGAUGUGAGUAUAGUUUGUCCAGACAGCACUGACAGGAAGUAACGAACCAACUUUCCUUUCUGAACACUGCAGUGGGGUUCAGGAUACUAAGAUCAUACAAUCUUUUAUAUACAAGGUACAUUACCUCAUUUUGAUGGGGUGCUAAUUCAAAGCAUUCCACUGUUUUCUGUCAGAAGGAAGGGAGGAAUAGAUCAAGAUAUAAUAGAUUAAGAAAUAUGAAACAAAUAUUUCAUGUAUAUUUUCUUAGUAACAACGUUUACUAAACCGUUUACAGACGUAACAACUGCACUGAGAAAUAAGGGCUUUGGACAGUAAGCUCAGUUCCUCUGAAUGUAUAGAUGUUUAGAUUACAUAGAUUAUUUUAUUUAUUUUUUAUUAUUUAUUUUUAUUAUUUUUAGUUUUACAUACAUUUUAUUUAACACAGUUUGCCAAUUAAUCAUAUAAGUUUAUAAAUCUAUACUUCAGGCUCUAUGAAACAAAUGUUUCGUUCAGUGCUCUGUAUGAAGGAACACACUGGAUUUUGCAUAAAGAAAUGAAACUAAACAGUGGUGCUUAAUCCAGGAAAAAAAAACAUCAAGGAAACUGCACUGUUUUAAUCCAAGCGAAUGUAUUUCUCUUUACAUUGCAAAUGCUACCGCAUUUUUCCACUGAACAUUAAUAGUUUAUGUAGGUGAAAAUGUGGGUGUUUUGCAAUAUUACAUGGAUAGACCUACCUAAUUAACUGGAAUUGUUAUAAAAAUAGUCUGUAUUGCACAGAAGAUUUUUUUCAGUAUGGGAUAAUAUGAUGUGCCAGAUGAAAUGUAUUGCAUGUAAGCACAGUGUUUCUCAGCACUGGCUUUGGUGGAUCCCUGGCACCUGAUUCUCAUCAGCUCAUUAGUAGAGCUCUCCUUUACUUGAUUUAAUGAUGUUAGUGAAUGUUUAAUAGUGUGUACUAAUGAGACUCCUAAAAUGUGCUGUGCCAGUGGGCCACCCCGGAGCCAUUUCUUUUAUUGCUACUCUUUCCUGCAGGAGUUCAGCAUGUGGCUCCAUAGAGGAUAAACAAAUGUCUGUACAAAGAUCUUCACAAGUAUGUGAUAUUAUUUUUUCUCUGCAUAUGCAUACUAUAGCAGUAUUCAAUUAUAAUGGAAAUAUGUCUUUUUUUUGACUCAGUUUAACCAUGGUAGAUUAUGAAUGAUUAGCCUUUUCAAACUAGUUCCUUGCAUAGAGUUGCUUUUAAAUAUAAUUCAGAAUUAAUAUAUGUUCCUCAAAGAUAAUAGUUUUGCAUGAUGGUUCUAUGAAUUGUAUUGUAUCUAAUCCAGAUCAUAUUUAAUAUUAUAUAAUUUAUCAUGUAAUAUUGUGUGUGCAUCAUGUGAGGUUGGGGGGUUGGUGUCUUUUGCAUGGUUUUGCGGUCAGAUAUUCAAAAUGACAAAAGUUGUGAAAUGCAUUAUGUACAGUCUCUGUAAAAGUUAUAGCCAUAAACUGAAAAGAUUUAUCUAUCAAGAGAAUCAACAAUAUGGCCAUCGAUCAAAAAAGAGCCCUGUAUGCAACUGUAAAUGCCAAUAGAACUGCAAUGCAACUCUAUCUGUAAUAGACUCAAAUUUUACUGAAGGUCGGAUUUAAGACUUAGAAGAAAUAAAUGUUUGCAAUUAUCAGAC